AAUCUCGACACUAUGGAAGAUUCGACCAUGAUGCCGACGACAAUAAUGAACUGGACGAUGAACACGACAGGGAACGAAACCUUGAUUGAACCGUACACUGGUCCGGAUCUUAAGCUCGCGACCAAGGUGAUCCACAUGAUCAUCCUGAUCUUUCUCAUGAUCUCCAUGGGAUGUACUCUCAACUACAAGGAUUUUAGAAAGACGAUCCGUCGUCCAACUGGUUUCUUCAUUGGUAUGUUAUGCCAGUUCGUCCUUAUGCCCCUGAUUGGCUUUUGUAUUGCACUAGCCUUUCAACUACCUUCAGCAGGGGCUCUAUCACUUCUAGUCCUUGCCUGCUGCCCCGGUGGCACCCUCUCUAAUCUCUACACCUACUGGGUCGAUGGAGAUGUCUGCCUCAGCGUGUGCAUGACAGCAGUUUCGACAGCGGUUGCUAUCGGAAUGAUGCCCCUCAAUCUCUUCAUCUAUAGCCGUGUGUGGACCGACGACAAGGCGGUCAUUCCUUAUGUCAACAUCGUUACAACUCUGGUCAUCAUCCUCAUCCCCGUCGCUUUCGGUGUAUUCCUGAAUUGGUGGAAGAAAUCACUGACCAAGCAUCUUACUAGGAUUGGCAUCGUCUGUUCCUUCAUCUGCAUCAUCGUCGCCUUCGCCUUCAGCAUCAUAAUGAACCCUGCCUUUCUCAAGGCUGGAUGGAGGCUCUGGUUCUGUGCCGCAAUACUUCCGAUGAUAGGCUUCUGCAUGGGUUACAGUAUCGCGCGCCUGCUCCGUCAACCUCAUAAGAAGUGCCGCACCAUCGCCUUCGAGACCGGUUCACAGAACGUAUCUUUGGCCUUGACCCUAACCGUCAUCACCUUCGCUGACUCUCCUCUCUUUCUUGACAUGCUCUUCUAUCCCUCCCUCUACGUCUGUUUCAUCUACAUCGAUUCCUUGCCCGUGAUCAUCUUGUACAAGAUCGUCACCUACUAUCGAGAGAGGAACUGUCCACGAAAAGAGAAGGAACCCAACGACAAAGACGUUGACGACGAGGAUGACGACGAUUCUGACAAUGAUGAGAGCGACGAGAAGGAGAGCACAAAGAAUCAAGAAAUGAAACCCAUGCACAAAAAAGACUCCAACGAAAAUGGGGAGAUAUAAUAAUGUCGAUAUCAUAGGAUACCUCGCUCGACUUACUCGUGUAGGUGUGUGUAGGGUACAUCCAUUCUUUUUUUUUAAUUUUGUAUUUCAAAUACUAAAAUCUUGAUCAUAGCAUUAUGAAUACAAAAUAUUAUUUACUCAUUUUACCAACGUAUUCUCAAAUAUUUUAAAAUAUGAUUAGAUUGAGCAGGAUCUUAAGUUCAAUAUCUUAGCAAUUUUUUUUUUGUUUAGUACAUGAGCAUUUUAUGAACUCGUACUAAGCUUCUGCUGGCAGUGUCACUUAAG